UACGUUUCUCCGAACCCAGAGACAACCAAGCGUGGUCUCUUUACCGAGUUCUUUCUCGAGAGGAAUUGUCCCGAGGAUGCUGAUCCCAAAUUCGAGCACCUGUUCACCACUCAUCAAAACCUCAUGAGAUUGUUGAUCAACGAUCCUGCUAUGGAUCCAAACCGAGAGCAGACCUUCUCUACACCUGCAAACAGCAAGAACAAGAUGCUCAUAGCAACCGUCAACCCUAAAAGUCCAGGCGGCGAAGCUUGGAUGCUAAUUCUCGACACAACUGGCAGACUAGAGUCCAUGAACCAGUCUGUUGGCUACAACGACGAUGCUGGCAUACAAUUUAGCGCCGAUAUCAAGGCAGAGGCAGAGAAGCUGGACGAUUUGCCU